AUGGAGAAAUGGGCAGAUCAGGAGUAUAUUUUGCCUUGGGACGUUGCAGUAGAUGCUAUUAGAAAGUCUCAAAUAAAAUCUACAAAUGCCCAAUCUCAUAUUGAGCAUAUGAGUAAUAUGAAAUAUGACUGCGAUCUUAAAAAUAGUAGAAUUACUCAAAUCAUGUGCACUAUUGGUCCCAACUCUGAAAUGCCGCAACAAAUUGAAACCAUGUUAGAGCUUGGAAUGACAAUAGCUAGGAUUAAUAUGGUGCACGGCGAUUUAGAGCACCACAGACAAGAAUUAAAUUCACUAAGGAUGUCUAACAACAAUUACAGUACGCGGCAAGGGAUGCUCAUGACUCUGGGAAUCGCAAUAGAACCACGUGGCUCGGAAGUCAGAACGGGUCAACUUGCAAAUCACAUGAACGCAGUUCCAAUUGAGGAGGGUAGCUCGGUGCGCAUUACCUGCGACCCUGCAUUUUAUGCCAGUUGCGGCAGUGACUUGAUUUAUUUAAGUUGUGAACAUUUGCGAGAAACAGUUAAACCUGGCAAUCGAAUCGUGAUUGAUAAUGGCGAAAUUAUUCUACGAGUUUUGGAUAUAGGCCCUACUGAUAUGACAUGCAAAGUUCUAUCCGGUGGUAAUUUAGGAAACGAUCGCAAGGUCACUUUGCCAGAAGUUCCAAUUGAAACAACUACAUUGUCCAACCAAACAAAGCUUGAUCUACUCUUUGCGGUCAAAUAUGAAGUGGAUUUCGUAAUAGUAAAGCGCGUAAGAUUUGCAGAUCAGAUAAAACAGUAUAGAGCUGAGCUGGGAGAAGAAGGUCAGUACAUCCAAAUGAUUGCCAAGAUCGAAACACUUCAAGGGUUAGAAAAUUUAGAAGAAAUUCUGGAAGAAGCUGAUGCUAUAAUGUUCUCCAAGCACGACAUGGCUACAGAGAUGCCAGUAGAAAAUGUGUGCCUGGCGCAAAAAUACGUUCUUGGGCGUUGCAUACUGGCCUCCAAGCCUUGUGUCUGCGAGGUACAUACAGCACAUGCUGGUACAACCGUAACAGUAAGCAGCCGAGCCAUAGCUGAUGCUCACAGCACAAUAAUCGACGGCGCCGACUGCGUCAUGUUGGCAGGAGAAACAGCAUUAGGCAGCAAUCCAAUCAACAGCGUCCUAUUAUUGGACAAAGUUUGUAGGCAGUCCGAAUUAUCUGUUUGGCAGACCCAGAUGUACGGAGACCGUAACGUCAGGGCUAUUCCGCCAAAUGGUCCAGCAGAAUCAAUUGCAAUAGGCGCAGUAGAAACAUCAAUAAAAUGCAAUGCUCAAGCAAUUAUCGUGUUAACAACUUCUGGAAGAUCAGCAAAGCUUCUAUCACAUUAUGCACCUAGAUGUCCGAUUGUGGCUGUUACAAGACAUGGAAGGGUGGCUAGACAACUGCAGUUAUACAGAGGAGUAAAACCACUUCAGUACAUUUAUGGUAUGCUCGAAGAUUGGAUGAAAGACGUUAACAUUCGAUUACAAUAUGGGAUAAGUUAUGGAAAAGUUAGCGGAUUCAUUAGAGCUGGAGAUGCAGUAUUAAUGGUUCAUGGAUGUAGACAAGGAGCAGGAUUCACUAAUACAUUAAGAGUAGUUUAUGCUUCAGAAUAUGACACUAUACCUGCAUAA